UCCUCCUUGCUCACUCGUGCAACCUCAGAGGCAGGAGUCACUCUGGCCGGACAGCGUAGUGCCGGGUUUAGGCUCAGCGCUUGUGAGGAUGUGCUUUCAAGGCUGAUGAGAGUUGUCCUCCCUCGGUACCCUAGUGUUCCUGUUCUGAGAAUGAAGAAGUAAAUCAUCUGUGAUCAGUCAUGGCUGUCCAGACUGGCAUCCAGGUGUGGUUUGGGGAGAAGUUCGACACCCCCUUGCUGAGCCCCAGGAGCCCUCGCAGCCCGUUAGCCCAGCGCCAUGGUCCCGGCCUGGCCGACGUCUUCCAGUAUGACCAGUGGCUGGCGGUGCGACAUGAAGCCACCCUGGUGCCCAUGCAGGAGGAUCUGGCCAUCUGGCUCACCGGCAUGCUGGGAGAGGAAGUGAGAGCUGAGUUUUUCAUGGAGGAACUGAACAACGGCGUGAAGCUCUGCCACCUUAUUGGCGUGCUGCAGACCAAAAUCGCCCAGAGCUGCCCCUCUGCGCUCGGCAAGCUCUUUCCCACAAGGAAGGUUGCAUGCAAGCGGGACGCCUCUCCAGGUUCCUUCUUCGCUCGUGACAACACGGCCAACUUCCUGGCCUGGUGUCGACAGAUCGGCGUGGAGGAGACGUACCUGUUUGAGUCAGAGGGCCUCGUGCUGCACAAGGAACCUCGGCAGGUUUGUCUCUGCCUGCUGGAGAUCGGCCGCAUCGUCUCCAAGUAUGGAGUGGAGCCUCCUGUGCUGGUGAAGCUGGAGAAGGAGAUCGAGCUGGAGGAGACCCUGCUACUGACAGAGGAGCCGCCUCCAGCCGUCAAAACCUUCAGUGUGUGCUGCCAGCAUGGCGGCCUCUACCAGUCCGGGGAGCACGGCAUGGACGAGCCGCCCUGCAACUGCUCCAACAGAGUGUCUAUAGAGUACCUGUCUGAGGGACGCUACAGACUCGGAGAUAAGACCAUCUUUAUUCGGAUGCUCCACGGUAAACAUGUGAUGGUUCGGGUGGGCGGUGGCUGGGACACUCUGCGUGGUUUCCUGAUGAAGUACGACCCGCUGCGAGUGCUGCAGUUCACCACUCUGGAGCAGAAGAUCCUGGCCUUCCAGAAAGGUCCUCCAGGACUGGGUGGUCACCAUGGCAAUGCAGCUCCACCUCCUCCUCCCGACAUGGACCCGCUCGCUGCCGUCAACGACCUCAUCUCCUCCUCUUCGUCCUCUUCUUCCUCCUCCUCCUCCUCUUCAUCUUCCUCAGCCUGUAAGCUGACCUCGGUGACGGCAGCCGCUCAGAGCUGUCGGUCCUACAACGCCUCCCCGGCCUGCACCCCCACGCUGCCCCGGAAAGGUUCUGCCUCGGCACCCAAGAAGAACUUUCAGAUUACCCCGUCCUCCCCCAGGAAGCCCACCCAGCUGCCCCUGCCCAUCACCACCAAAAGCUACUCCUCUCUGCCCUCCACUCCGGUGGGAGGCUCGUCCAGACAGACCCCCAGCCCCGGGUGUCAGGGCGUCCAGCGUCGAGCUGUGACUCCAGCAGCGGCUCCAUCAGCUGCCCCUGUAGAUCCAAAUCCCGCCUCCAAGCUCAAGCACCGACCGUCACCGCACGGCACCGCCUCCCAGCCCAGGAGCCCCGUCUGCCCCGAGCCGUCCUCGAAAUGCCCAAAACCCUCCAGCCCCUGCACCUCCCCCACCUCCUCCUCUGUGCCUCGCACUGUCACAGCUCCAGUGCGGGCGCCGCCUCCUAAAGAUGGCCGACCCCCAACAGGCGCCAGCCAGCGCUCUCGCCUCGCACAGCGCCGCCCCGGUUCUCCAGCCUCACGCCUCCGCCUAGAGGCAGCCAGGCGGGCCAGGACGGCCACCAGAGCAGCAGCGACGCCGGCUCCACAGACCCGGACCCCCACCCCCAGCUCACGGACAGCCUCCCCAGCCUGCUCCUUGUCCAAGGGCAAAGAGGUCACGGCCAAAACCAAAGGCCCGGCCCCCAACAAGGCGGCUGCUGCCCCUUCACGAGGUACUGCUGUUGCCCCUGGGCGGGUCCCAGGGGGCAACACAGGCCUGUCUGCUGCCAGCAAACCCAAUCAGAAGAUACCAGCCACAGCUCAGAGGGCGGGGAGAAAGCCAGCCACCACCACCAACCCCAUCAAGUCCACCUUAAAACCUGAACCAGCUCCAGCUCUGGCCCCGCUCAAAAGCCCCAACAUCAGAGCGGUUAAAGUCGAGCCCAGCGUUAGUAAGAAGAUCCCUCAGUGGAAGGGCAAAAGUGAGGACCCUUACUUUGAAAUGAACAGCAGGCGGAGGCAGAAGACGUAACUGAGCGCGCUCAGAAGGUGACUCAGCUUCCAUCUCCAACCAGCACUUGGAGCUUAGACUAACCAUCGUGAACAAGCUCUUCACUUCUGACCAUGUUUUUUAUUUGUCUACAGUGAUAUUUUUGUUGAUUUUUGUAUCUUAUUUAAUAGUCUUUUAUUUUUUAUGUUUUAAUCCAAAAGGGUCAAAGAUGUUUGUUCUGUCUUUGUGGUGAUUCAGUCUCUGUGGAGGCGUCGUAUCCAUGGACCCAGUAACAUGACCACAAUGUUUACAUUUUCACCUUUAUUCACAUUUAUUCUGGGGUUUAAACAGCAAAGAAUAGAAGUUUGUGAGAAAAUUAUGUUUAAAUACUAACCUCAGCUUUAUUUUUUUUAACUGAACACUAGGACAUAGUCAUGACUUAGUAAAGACACUGAGAUUUCAGGAUGCAGGUUUGUUUUUAUUUUCAGAGAAAACCAAGGAAAAGCAGCUUCUGUCCUGUUUUCUCCAGCAGGUUACCAAAGGUGUGAAGUGGAACAUGGUUUCUGAUUUAUUUCCCCCAGUGAGAACAAACGUUCCACUGGUGGACAGUCAGGUGUGUGUGAUUUCUUUUUUUUUUUUUUCCUUGUAUAAAUGAUAUCUAGGUGGGAGGCGUCGUUGUUGAACACGCCUCCCUGUCAUGUGCCUUCAUCAGAAACCUUCUUUCUGAGCGGCAUUAGAAUGUAUUAGCUGAUGGAGGGUGGCAGGUUUAAAUGGUUUUUACUGAUGAAUAUUGCACAGUGUGUACAAGCACUCAUGACUUUAGUGGAAAGCCAGACUCUCAGAUGAACUACUGAUCAAACGCCUCUUCUUCUAACAGAAAACUCAUCAUUAUAGAGCAGAAUCUACUUGGUAUAGACUCCUUUUAUAUGGUUUCUAGGUUUUUGUGCAUAUUAAAAAUCUAGUUUUCUAUGUGGUGGUGUUUGUGUACGUGUGUGUGAUGAUACAGUAUAUUAUCAGUGAGGCUUUUUUUCUGAUUUGGCACUUUACAGAAACCUCUUUGUUGGUCAAGAUUUGAAUGUUGAUUCUGUCGAUUGUGUCUCCUGUUUCAGCUACCUUCUUUUGUUUUUGUCAUUUUGAUUAAUAAAUGGAAGUGUUUCAAAAAGCA